AUGAAAUUGACAGUGCGCUCGGAAAAGUUCUUCCGCAUUUCCGGUGUAAAAGAGAUGAAAAGCAACAGAAAGAAAUUUUUAAAGUGUUUGCUGGCCGAUAGCGACUGUGUUGCCACACUACCAACUGGAUUUGGCAAGUCACUUGCUUUUCAAACUUACAUUCCCGUUCGUCGCGUGUUGGAUUCUACACAUACCGGCAGGAUGAUCGUUUGCUGUCCGCUCGUGUCACUAAUGCACGAUCAAGUAGAUAAACUCUCCUCCAUUCCGGGCAUUGCUGCAGCAUACAGAGGUAUGAACAUUUUAUUGGAGUCAAGUGACAAACUUAUUCAAGAGGGAUCAGUAGAUAUCAUCUAUGCCUCUCCAGAGACACUUGUUGGUGACCCACUUUGGAGAACAGCACUACAAAAGCUCAAAGUUGAUGUGAUUGUCAUCGACGAGUUCCACACAAUUGCAACAUGGGGACAUGGGAGUGAUGGUACCGAAAAGACUUUCAGGAAAUGGUUUGCUCACAUUGGGAACUCGCGAUCAUUGUUUCCUGAUGCAUGCAUACUAGCACUAAGUGCCACAUGUACAACACAAUUAAAGCGUGUACUGAAAGUGCUGUCCUUAAAAGAAAAUACAUAUGUCAUAAACAUGUCUCCAAACAAGACCAACAUCAAACUUGUUGUAGCUAAAGUGCCCAACACUGUUGAAAGUGCCAUGUCUUGGCUUCCAUUGCACUGUUGUUGCACAACUCCAUUUCACUUGAGAAAGUCUGACACUGAAGUAAGAAAUGUGUACCAGUUAACAGAAUGCAGAAGAAUGUCUCUCAUGACAUCAUUUCUCACAGUGAAACAGUUGGAUGAACUCAAACUUGAAACCGGCUGUCAUACUUGUUGUGACAUCUGUGCUGAAAGCGUGUUCAUGUGGAAAGUGUUCUAUGUUGAAACUAGAAGAACUGUUUGCAGGAGUGGAGCCUGUUCUAUCAGACUCUUCAGACAACAGUUCCAGUACAGAUUUCUAUUACACAUCCGAUUCGGGUGGUGA